AGCAAGGGAUCAUUCAUUGAUUGAUUGAAGUAGAACUCUUUAGUGUUGAAAAACGCGUUUCCAAGCAUUUAAAAUUUUCUAAAUCAGUAUUUGUGAUAUUUUUUUAUUAGCCACUAUUGUUUUAAUUUGAUAUAAUUUGUUUUUGAAAUCAUAAAAAUGGAUGGAAAAGCAAAGACUGAACAAGAUGGCCGUACCAGAUUGUACAGUAUGCAAGUCACAGUGUCGUGUUUCAGUGUGGCUAGGUUGCCAUAACUCUAGCCUUGAGUCGAUGUUUGCUGGGUUGCCUGUAGUCAAUCAUAGUUUCCAUUAUGUACAGGUGCGCUUACAUCUGGGGAAGGAAUUGGUUUUCUGUGGUGAUUCUGGGAUUGGCUGUCCCUAAGCAGAUUAAAUAGACCUAGUGACAAGUCUUACCAAUGUGUGUGUGCCAUAAGUUCAGUGUGGUUAACAUGAACAACCCAAUAUGAUUUUAACCAUGGAUAUAGAAAAGACAAUCAAACAUGGAGCUUGUGAUAUGGUGGAACAGAUUUGCAGGUAUUCGUUAAAGCAACUUGAUCAAGCUGACAGAUUGAGAAAGGAGAAUUAAAGAAAGGGUACAAGUCUUAAUCAAGAUCACUCCAUUGCCUAUUUGGAGAGAAAAAAAGAAUAAGUUUUCAGAAGAAAAUAAGAAGAAUUUCAAAGAAGGUUAUGAAGAUUUCACAACAGAAGGGAUGCCCACUAAUGGCAUUAGUGUUCUUUGAUGGGAGACGUUUAAAAGUAACAGGUUCUCCCAGUCUGUGCAAAGCGGUUGCACUUGACAUUAACACAGCAUCAUUAUUUAAAGAAGCAUCAUCUUUACAAGAUAAACAUGAUUUGCCAAGUCAACAAAUUCUACGCCUCGAUGCAUCAAUCGAUUGGGAUCAAGUUUCUCGACUUGAUGUACUUCGAACAGCGUAUUCGAGAGUGGUUCCAAGAAAAGCUGGCAGCAAAUAUCCCACUUACGGUGGAUGUCCACCUCCAUUCUGGCCAGAUGAUGUGCCAUUUGUGUCACAUUCCAAAACAAAAGCUGUUGUCAUGGUCCGUAAGAGGCCUGAUAGGAAAACUGCCCAGUUUACGGCAGAGCAAAUGAGGGCUGCUGUUGAUAAGGUCAUUUUAGAUGGUAAAAGCAUACGAAUAGCUGCUAACGAAUCAGGAAUUAAGAAAGCAACACUACAUAGAUAUGUUCAGAAAGUAAACGCGGGAACUAUUGAACAUUAUGAGCCACGAUAUAAUAUGAGCCAUGAUAUAAUGUUCAUUCUGUCUUUACAAAAGAACAGGAAAAUAACAUUGCUGACUAGUUAAAGCGGCAGCAAUGUGCUAUGGCUUAACACCAAUGCAGUGCCGGAUGCUAGCCUAUCAAUAUGCCAUGGCAGUAGGCAUUGAUUGUCCACAAUCAUGGUCAGCAAACAAGGCUGCAGGACCAGACUGGUUCUCAGCAUUCCUGAAACGCUAUCCACACCUGUCGUUACGGAGACCAGAGGCUACAAGCUUGUCAAGAGCCACAAGCUUUAAUCGGCAUAACGUGGGGUUGUUCUUCUCCAACCUGGAUGACGUUAUGAAACGAUACAAAUUUGCAGCAGCAGAUAUACACAACUUGGAUGAGACUGGCUGCAAAACUGUCCAGGAAAUGGCCAAAGUUAAAGUCGUUGCACCAAAGCAGGAGAGGCAAGUGGGUAAAGUAACUUCUGCUGAGAGGGGCACACUCGUUACUUUGCUCUGCUGUGUAAAUGCAUGUGGGAACUCUAUUCCGCCUCUCUCUGUAUCCCCACGAGUCCACUUCAAGGAACAUAUGUCACGUGGCGCUCCUCCUGGUAGUGUUGGUGUGGCCCAUCCAUCUGGUUGGAUGACUGGAGAAAACCGUGUGGUAUUCCUACAUCAUUUCAUCAAGAAUGUCCGCUGUUCCAAAGACCAUCCAGUCUUGAUCAUAAUGGACAACCACGACAGCCACAUCACAAUAGAUGCAUUGAAUGUCGCCAAGGAAAAUGGAAUCGUGUUAAACACUUUCCCGCCGCAUUGCAGCCAUAAGUUACAACCGCUGGACCGUAGCGUGUUUGGACCUUUUAAACAUUAUUACACUCGGGCAGCAAAUGCUUACAUGAACAACCACCCUGGAUCUACAAUUAACAUUCAUGCUAUUGCAGAAUUGGUUGGUAAAGCAUACCCGAUAGCUUUUACCCCCCGAAACAUCACUGCAGGAUUUAAAGUUUCUGGUAUUAUUCCAUUUGAUUCAAAUAUAUUCAAUGAUGAGGAAUUUGCACCAUCUUCUGUGACAGACCGUGAAGAUGCAGGUGAUGUUCACCCAGCAGCUCCCGAUGAUGACCGUAACGAUGCAAGUGAUUUGCGCCCAGGAAGUUCUGGAGGUAAGCCUACUGCUCCAGCAGAAGUAGGCCCAACACCUUCAACAUCAACAGUUACUAUUGACGCAGUUUCACCAUUACCAAAGGCACCACCCAAAAAGACAACAGGUGGACGAAAAAAGGGCAAAACACAAAUCCUAACGGAUACUCCUGUGAAGCAAGCAAUUGAAGCUGAUAUUUUGAAAAGGGGUAGUAAAAAUGGUAAGGGCACUGAAACUGGUAGGUCUGCCAUAGGGAAGCGAAAAUUGCUGACUGACAGUGAAAGUGUUUCAAAAAUAAGUAAAUUAGAUUCUACGGCACAUGCUGAAAGUGAGGAUCAUGAUGUGGCAGAAGAUCUAGGCCUGUCGAAGCUGACCUUGGGGCACAGUGAGCGCCUUAAGAAAGAUGACUUUGCACUUGUCAGGUUCCAAACAGAGAAAAACAGAGAAAUUCAUUACAUUGGUGAGGUCCAGGAAAUUAUCAUUGUUGAAGAUGAUGUAGAAUACGAAAUCAUGUUUAUGAGGCGUUCAUCAAAGCGAUCUUACAUAUUCAACUUUCCCAACAUAGAUGACUGUCUGAUAUUGAAGCCAAGGACAUUGUGGCAGUCCUACCAGAACCUGUUGAGCAAGGGGGCAGAUACUUGAGAUUCCAGGUUGAUCUUUCACCAUUCAACAAGUCACUGGCUUAGGCUAGACUGAGGACAAAACUGGUUGUGACAGCAUGGGACUAGAAGUAGUUUAUAGUGUUCAGUUCAUUUGUUCAUUCCAAUUCACGUUCAUUCCAAUUCACGUUGAUUAAGUACAUUUGUUUUAAGUUAAGCAUAAUACUCCAGAGGUUGGGCAGUAUGCCUAUUAUGUUUUAUUAUUUUGAAUGUUUUAUUUAUUUACGGUUUCCAAUUAAUAAAAACACUUUUUCAGCUAUAUUUUUGGUUCUGAUGUUGUUGUACUGUACUCGGGAAGGUGUCCCACUGUACACCAUAUGCUGUCUCACUGUACCCCUGGGUGGGGCAAAAUGGGACACCUUGACACCCUCCUUAAAAUCGCCGAUUAUGACAUAUUACAAUAGAGCCCUGCCACUGUUCUUUGCAUUAUAUUUAGCCAGCAUCUAUAGCUUUCAGCACAUAGCUUAAACAUCUAGAGGAUGUAAGCAGAUUCAGAACUAGGAGUCAUUAAGUGAAAUAUGUCCCACUGUGCCCCGGUCUCCCCUACUUCAUUAAUCAACAAAUGCUUGAGAAUUUGUUUUCAUUUCUUGCAUUCAAAAACAAUUCUCACAUUUCAAUGUUAAGAUUGCAAACAGCACACAAGUAAAAAAAAGAGGUAUAGACUAACAGCACAAAUAAAUAACAAAAAGAUAUUCAAUUGCAUGUUUCUCUUUAUAUAUUCAGACGAAUUAUUUAAACACAUAAUCU